AUGGCGGUCAAAGAAAGCAAGCCUAUGCUUGCCUUGUUUGAUUCUUUGGGCGUCAACCAAACAGCCGCCAUCCGCGGUCUGAGGAAGAACGGGUCCGUUUGGCAAACUUGGCAGCAGAGCGCACCUGGGGACACGGGAAAGACAAGGACGAAACGACCACUUGGCGGUGGUGUCGACGAUGAGGACGAUGAUGAGGAUGAUGAUGAGGAUGAUGAUGAGGAUGAUGAUGAUGAUGAUGAUGAUGAUGAUGAACAAUGUUGUGAACAAUUGAAAGCGAGAGCUCAGGCGAUGUGGAAUCAGGCGUUCGAGGCAAAAAGCGUCAGUGUUUGGUGA